AUGUCUGAACGACCAAAACACGACAAAGCAAACACAAGACCAGGACAGAUAAUCAUUGACAACACCCAGAAGCACCCUGCAGCCAAAGCUGAGAAGCAAGCUGCUAACGCUCAACUGAAAACCACAAAAGUUAUGAAGAUCGCCACUGCUGAGGAUAGACUUCACCAGGAAGAUGAGGGACAAACUCCAGAGAAUGAACCACCUAGAUUUGCAAAGAAGAUGCAGGCAUCUGUGAUAGAACUGCUCAACGAUGAAGCUGCUGGGCAGAAAAGUGGAUGGUUUGACCUGUCAGCAAAGAGAAUACUCACAUCUGCAAAGACGGCCCAAGCCACUGACACUGUAACACACGAAGAUGAAGCAGACACCUCUCUCUUGUUUGAAGGCAACAUCGAUAUCCCAGAAGACUCUGUCGUCGACACUGAGUCCAGCAAUGGGCAAACAAUCAAUGAUGCUUGCCAAGUUGCUCCUGCAUCCGGCAUCCAAGUCACCAGUGCAAAACACAAGGAACCAGCUGAUCACAAACAACCCACCCAACCCGACAAGAGAGUGAAAAAGAAUGAGGCCAUUGGGUUGAUGGCAGAUUGGAAAAAGAAAGUCGGCCAGAAAGACCCCAUGGCCAUUGUUGAGACACCCUCUGUCACUAUCGAGCAAUUCCGCCAAGGGCAUGGGCAGGGUCGGAAGGAGAAGUACAGUGUCCAUGAUUUACCUUUUCCCUCUGGACCUGGGAAAUCCACUUACCACCAGAAGUGGUGCCGACAAUUCAAGCACAGCUUGUACCAUUGGGCCGGUACCACUCUCGAUCUGUUUGGUGCUAACACCAUCAUGGGGCCGAAGGUAUGUGAGAUUUGGAACACAGUGUACCCAACUUUAGUCUUCGCGGAUGAUGACCCUGCAUGGACCAUCAUCCGUGCUGUGGCUGGGGAUGCACUCCUCGAUUGGUGCAGUUCAGCUGGGAAGGAUGCUAUCAAAAUUGUUGUCAAGGCAUUCAAGGAGAACAAGCUUUCGAAUGAAGAAAUACCUGAGGUCACCCAGCAUUACCUCGAGGAAUUCCGAUAUAUCUAUGGUAAUCCCGAUGCAUCAGACCUGCUUGAGCAUGCAUUUGAAGUGAUUGGCAAGGGCCUUGUAACCCUGGACAAAGCUGAUGGCGACUUUGAUAAGAAGAAGGUUCCCCAGUUCAACAAUACUUUAUGGGGUACGAAGGUUCGCAAGUGGGUCAUGUCCACAAAGAAUCUCGAAGUGAAGAAACACUGGCCACCCAUUCUGCAAGCAGCUGCAUUGAGGAUCUCUGAUUGGAAUGUGGAUGAGAUGGAUGGUGAUGAGGACCUUCUCAAGAAUGAUCCCUGA